GGUGUUUUGCUCGUCUGAGUCUGUGAGUUGGAACAUCUUUACCCAAAUCACUCGCUUUUUCUCUUCCUCCCAAGCCGCUAUGGACAUGCUCUCCGUCUCUACUCCUCUAACCCCUUCUUUCUCCUCCUUAAAACCCUCUCUCUGCACCCCAAAGUCCUCCCUUUUUUCGUUCAAACCCAUCUCCUCUACCCUCAAAACCUCGCUUGAAUCCCACCAUCCCGUUUCGCGAUACCCCAGGUUCUCCAAAACCGUUUCCCAUGACUUCGGUUCCCAAAUCACGGCCUCCCAGACGCAGGAGAUGGCUAUGCGAGGGGCGGAAGCAGACGCUAUGAGCCUGCUGCUCAAGGAACGGAUUGUGUUCUUGGGGGGCGAAAUCGAUGAUUUCGUGGCUGAUGCAAUUAUCAGUCAGUUGUUGCUGCUGGAUGCUAAGGACUCGAAGAAAGAUAUCAGACUCUUUGUCAAUUCUUUUGGUGGCUCCUUGAGUGCUAGUAUGGCCAUCUAUGAUGUGGUGCAGCUUGUAAGGGCUGAUGUUUCCACAGUUGCCCUUGGAAUUGCAGCAUCAACGGCUUCAAUUAUACUUGGUGGUGGUACCAAAGGCAAGCGUCUUGCAAUGCCCAAUGCACGGAUAAUGAUGCAUCAACCUCGAGGAGGUGCUGGUGGAGAAGCAAUUGAUGUAGAAAUUCUAGCACGGGAGCUUCAGAAUAACAAGAUUAAUGUCACUAGAUUAAUCUCAGGCUUCACUGGUCGUCCGAUUGAACAAGUUGAGAAGGAUAUUGACAGAGACCAUUAUAUGUCUCCAAUUGAAGCUGUUGAAUAUGGAAUAAUUGACGGAGUUAUUGAUAAAGAUAGCAUUAUUCCAUUAGCCCCUCUGCCAGAAAGGGUGAAUUCAACCCUUGCUGAUCAAUUUAGGGAAAACCCAGCAAAAUUCUUGACACCAGAUAUUCCUGAUGAUGAGAUUUACUAAUUCCAGCACCUAAAACAGGUAUAUCAAUAUUACCGUGCCACCGUCUUCUUAUGUUCCCUGGAUUCUUGGUACUUUGUAAUCCCAAAUAAUUUUAGGGCUUCGGUGCUGUGAUCAGAAUUGUAUUUAUAGAUGAUAGCUUUCGGAUGUUGUGCUCUUGGAAACAGGAAAACGGUGGAAGCUUGCGUUUUUGUUAUUUGUAAGAGGUUGUUUUUCUGAGACUGUUUCUGAAUAUUCUGUUCAAAGACGCAGGUUUUUUUCAUCCUCUCUUUUCACGAGUCACAGAACGAUGAAGAAGUUGGAAAUGAAUCUGCAAAUUUCAA